AUUGUUUUUGAGCAGUCUACCACGCUCAGCUUCAACACUUGUUAUAGUAGUAUUUAUGCAAAGCUAGUAGCUGUGUAAUAUUUUUUUUGUUAGGUUGUCAGCAAUGCAUAACAGAUGCAGGUAGCAGACUACAACUGACUUGUCUGCCAGUUAUUGUUGCUUACCAAUAAUGUUUGUUGACAAAUCUGCAAUUUAGUUUAUCAAGUGGUGUUUAUGUUGUUAUUGUUUUAUAUAAUAAUUAUCAUAUUCUUUGUGAAGUGCUAAUUACUAUGACAAAACCAAAAGGAGUUUUUAAAAAAAGGAAAUGCAAGGGUAACCAGCAUUUUAGGACAAAUCCUUUAGGUCAAGGUGAGGUUAGUAGACCUAAUGUUACUAUUCAAUCUAGGCCUAGUGCUUCAAAAGCAAAACUAAAUGAAAGUAUAAGUGACUAUACACAGUACACGAGUGAUGAAACAAAUAUUAUAGUUGCUCUAUCUCUUUUGAAUACAGCCUUGAACAAGUAUGUUGUGUGCAAAUCUUGUGGCGGAAAAGUAAUUUUAGGUGAAGUAAAAGAGAAAAGAAACGGUUUAGCAUGUAACUUGUCACUUUCAUGUUUGGAAUGCCAUGGGGAAAAUCGGUUCUGGACCUCUGAUAAAAGUAAUAAGUCCAACCUAUAUGACAUAAAUCUAAGAAUGCUAUAUGGCCUUAGAUGUAUCGGUAAAGGCGGUGAGGCUGGAAAGCUGUUGUGUGCAUUAUUAAAUUUGCCAAAGCCGAACUCAGCGUACACAAGGUAUACAAAUGUUGUAAGAGAGAGUGUCUUUGAUGUUGUGGAGAAAUCGAUGCAAAAGGCAACAGAAGAAGCUGUGCUUCAUAAUGAAACGGAUGAAAAUAAUAGAAACCUGACAGUCGCUUAUGAUGGGACUUGGCAGAAGAGAGGAUACAAAUAAAAAAAUGGCGUUUGCACUCUGACAAGUCUUGACACUGGUAAAAUUUUAGAUGCUGAGGUAUUUACAAAAUUUUGCAGUGGUUGUGUGAAGUGUGGGUCAAGUGAAACCAAUAAAGAAAACCAUAUAUCUAAGUGUAUAAAAAAUUAUGAAGGGUCAAGCGGAGGUAUGGAGACUGUUGCUGCGGUGUCUAUUUUUAGCCGAUCAGAGGAGAAGCGAGGAGUGAAGUAUGAGUACUUUCUGGGUGAUGGGAACUCUAAAGCCUACCAAGCAGUAGUCAGUAGUAGGCCAUAUGAUGAUGUGGAAGUAAAAAAGCUGGAGUGCAUUGGGCAUAUCCAGAAAAGAAUGGGUACACGCCUGAGGAAUUAUAAACUACGGAACAAAAGUUUAAUUUUAUCUGAUGGGAAAGGACUCAAGGGUGCCGGUAGACUAACUGAUAAAGUCAUAGACCAACUUCAAGGAUAUUAUGGAGGGGCUAUUAGGUCUAACCAAUCCAAUCUUGAUAGCAUGAGAAGGGCUAUUUGGGCAAUCUGGUACCAUAAAAUGUCAAGUGAUGACAAUCCUCAGCACGACCUGUGUCCUUUCCCCCCGGACACGUGGUGCGCCUUCCGCAAAGCUGAAGUAGCAGGCACAGUAGCUAAUUAUAAACAUAAAAAUUCAAUUCCGUUAGCUAUUAUGGAGGCUAUCAAGCCAAUAUUUAAAGAUCUUUCCAACCCCGACCUCCUCAGAAAAUGCCUUCAUGGGAAGACACAAAAUGUUAAUGAGGCGUUCAACAACGUGCUUUGGACAAGACUUCCAAAAAAUGUUUUUGUUGGUAGGCAUACCCUUGAGUUAGGCACAUAUGAUGCAAUAGCUACUUUCAAUGAUGGAAACCUAAGUAGGAUUAAAGUUUUAGAACAGCUUGGAAUAAAGGACAUAGGAUCUAACACCAUCUGUCUGCUACAACAACUGGACACUGAGCGAAUCAACCGAGCGGAGAUUGCGGUGCGGAAUGCUACGAAGGAAGCUAGGCUGAAGAAAAGGAGGAUAAAUCUUGAGCAAGAUGAAGUAGAAGAAGAAGAUUACAUACCAGGAGGUUUUUAAAAGUCUGCUGAAGACCCAAGUAUUCCAAACACCUCUGUUGAUAACAACUUCAUAGAGUUCCAAAAGUUUAUAAAGAAGUUUGAGAGAGAGUAUCGCAAUUUUGAAGAGUUUGAGUUGCGAUACAAGAUUUUUUUGGAGAGUCUCAAGGCAGUUGAUGUACUGAAUAAUGCUCCUGGUCUAACGGCAGCAUUUGGUGUCUCUCACUUUGCUGACAGAACUGAGCAUGAGAAACAAAACAUGGGAGUCUUGCAGUGUCCAAAUUAAGACAAUCAGGUCCAGUUUUCAAGCUCUAUGGAGUCACACCAACAGUGUUAAUGCUGUGAUAAUUCAUAUAUGCAUUUUCAGAUGUAUUUUCAAUGUUUUUGUGAUAUAAAUAUAUUUUAUGUGAUUUAAAA